AUGAACAGAAAUCACGAAUUAAACAGAAGCCACAGGGUAGCUCACAUGAGUCCUUAUUAUGAUCUACAAGGACAUUUGAAUGAACCACUAUUUAAUAAAUGUUAUUCUCCAGGUAGGAUGGCCUGCAUCUUAAAAAACUUUCUUAGCUCCGGCCCCUACCAGAAAUAUUGCUGGAUAAAUGUAUUAGGCUGUUGA